AUGAAGUCGUUGAACAUCACCAUGGAAGGAACAUGCGAGUGUGGCGAAGAAGACACGGUUUUGCAUUACAUCGUCGACUGUCCGGUUUUUGAACCCCAGAGGGUGGUUUUGGAGGAAAUGAGUGAAAGGAGUUGGCCAGAAGCAGCGAGACAUCUUAACCCACCUUAUUCACUAGAUCUUUCGACAACCGACUUUCAUUUAUUUAAACAUUUAAAACUGUUUUUACGGGCUAAACAGUACGAAAAUGAAGACAGUCUGAAAAAUGCCAUAUCAGAGUUCAUUGAUUCUGAAGAUCAGAAUUUCUUCAAGACAGGCAUCUAUGCAUUUAAAUCUCGUUGGGAAAAGUGUAUUGAAGUAAAUGGAGCAUAUUUUGGUUAA